UGACGAACACUCGUCAAUCAUGGACGCGAUAUCGUCGAGCGCACUCGUACUACUGCUCCUCAUGAUCAGCCAGAGCACCGACGGAAAAAGCUUGUCCUUGACCAAACGCGCGGCGUUCUACAUCGCAAACGGGACCGUUUGCAACGUGGACGGUGUCAUUUACCAAAACAACGAGAAAAUCCCAACGGAUAACCCAUGCGAGAGCUGUUAUUGCCGACCCCCCGGCUUCGCGUGCGUAUUGAAAGACUGCGAGCUGAAACCGCACUGCAAAGCUGUCAGACGAGAGGGUCAGUGCUGUCCAGACUAUCACUGCGAUGGAUGUGAGCACGAUGGCCAAUUUUACGCGGACGGACAGGUUAUUCCGAACACGGGUUCGCCCUGCUACACUUGUUACUGUCAGGGUGCUUCGAUAACCUGUUCCUUGGUCAGCUGCACUUUCCGAAACGACUGCGCGGCUCGAUACAACCCCGGCGAAUGCUGCCCGCGUUACGAACACUGCUCUCCGAAAGACGCUAACACCAGGGAGACGCUUCAGCCGGCCACGCUACCUACAACGCUUUUCCAAUCGCGCUUGACUAGAUUCAAGAAUUUCGAUUUCCCUCCUGAAUUCCCUGCACGCGCUCCGGGACAAGGAGAGGUUUUCCCGCGAAGUGACGAGAAUCGCCCCAGUGUGAAAAUCCCUCCCCCGGUCAGACCGAAUUUCUAUCUCACCGAUAGGAAUCCUGGAAGCAAAGUCACGUCUCCGACGAAUGUCACCCCGGUAGAAUCCUCAGCGCGGACAAGUGAGGAGAAAACUUCGAUUUUUGUCGAUACGACUUUGAGCGCUCAAACGACAUCAACGACCCCGAGUCCCCCGCGGGUAACGGGUUCGACUGCGAGAAGUACUCCACCGAUCGAAGUCACCACGAGACGAAGUAUACCAACCACGGACGCUCCGACGACGACGACGACAACAGCGAAGUCAACCACAACGACGACGACCACGACGACGACGUCGGCACCGCCAACCACUGGGGCGGCUACUCCUCCGCCGCCGACGACUACUUCUACAAGCACCACAACAGCUCCUCCAUCGACAAGUUCUUCCACAAGCGCAACGACGUCAACAACCAUAGGUGCGCCACCACCGCCAACUACAACAGCUCCCCCGACAGAAUCGAGUCGGCUCCCGCCCACGACAGCUGCAUUGACUGACCUCCCAGAUAAAGAUCUCCGGCACAUUUCCGAGGACGAUGUCACUCGGAUAGAUGACGUCACUCAGAAGCUCACUGCUGUGACGAAAUCUAUUUUCCGCAAGGCCACUUCCUCCGAUUCAACCCAAAUAGCCGACUGGGAGCUUGAAGAGUUCCGUCGAGCCGUAGAGCUCCUCGAAACCCAUUACAGAAACUUCUACGAUAAAGCAGCGAAUGUGUCAACAGCUUCCCGUCCGCGCACGGUACCAGCGGAGCUACGCGAAAGAAGCACCUAUAUCACUCAGGACAUGAUAGACGCGCUCUUCGCCGGUCAAAAAAUCCCGGUCGCGGUUGAGGAUGACACGCAGCCGCCUCCGACGACUCCGAUGCCCCCUCAAAAGAGCGGAGAGGAGGUGAUCGUGCCCGAGUUCAGGCCUCUGUUGGGCGAGGAUGAUAUCGGGCCUUCGAACAUAACCGAGGAAGAGGCCCUCCGACUCUUGAGGGAGACUCUGGAAAGCGAUUCCGCGAAUCGUUCGCGACUAGUCGAGCAAAAAGGAACGACUGUCGUUGGAUUCGCGGGAAGAUCCGCAUCUCCUAAGGAUACCCAGCCAGAGAAUCAGGUCGAUGGGGAGAACUCAGAAGGCCCAGCCGAUGAUUCAAGCUCCAUCCAGUCGAGUUCAACGCCGCCGCAGUGCAACCUCACUCGUCAACUCACGAGCUUAUUGGAAACGUUGAGCAUGAGGUCGCGGUCUCACGAUCCCAUACUCGACUUUCUCAAAAGAGCGAUUCAUAGUCAUACCGUCAUGCAUCCCGAUGAUGUGAAGCAUUUCAUGCGGAAAACUAUUUGA